AUGGUUCAGCUAAAGAAGAAACUCUCCGAGAAGAUGAGAGUUAAAUCGAUCCCUCCGUUCGCCGGAGUUGGUGCCGGCGAAAUGCCGGAGCCCGACAUCCUCGUCGUCACCUCCUCAGGGGUGCGCUUCCCGGCUCACUCCAAAAUAUUGGCGUCGGCAUCGCCAGUGCUGGAGAACAUUAUAGAGCGGCCGCAGAAGCACCGGACCGUAGCCCGGAAAAUCCAGAUUCUCGGCGUCCCACACGACGCGGUUUAUGCUUUCAUCCAGUUCCUUUAUUCCUCCAAAUGCACGGAUGAUCAGAUGGUGAAAUACGGUAUUCACCUGCUGGCGCUGUCCCACGUGUACUCGGUACAACAGCUGAAGCAGAGAUGUACAAGAGAUCUGGCCAAGAGGCUGUACCUCGACAACAUAGUGGACAUGCUCCAGCUGGCACGGCUCUGCGAUGCACCCGAUCUCUACCUCCGGUGCAUGAAACUUUUGUCGGAGAAUUUCAAGGCUGUCGAGGAAACCGAGGGCUGGAAGUUCUUACAGAACAACGAUCCUUAUCUAGAGCUCGAGAUACUGCAGUUUAUGGAGGAAUCGGAAUCGAGGAAAAACAGGAUAAGGAGGCAUAGGCAAGAGCAGAGUUUGUACGCGCAGCUGAGCGAAGCAAUGGAAUGUCUCGAGCAUAUUUGUUCGGAAGGUUGCACUAAUGUUGGGCCUUACGACAUGGCCCCGAACAAGCACAAAGGCCCGUGUAGCAAGUUCUCGACUUGCCAUGGGAUUCAGCUCUUGAUUAAGCAUUUCGGUUCUUGCACGAAGAGGGUUAAUGGAGGAUGCGCACAUUGUAAGAGAAUGUGGCAGCUUUUCAGACUGCACUCUUCGAUUUGUGAUCAACCAGACGAGUGCAGGGUUCCCUUGUGCAGACAAUUCAAAUUAAAGAUGCAAGAAGAUCGAAAAGGGAAUGACGCGCGGUGGAGAUUGCUCGUGAGGAAAGUGAUCUCUGCCAAGGCCAUGAAAUAUGUGUCUAUCGCCGAGAGGAAGAGAAUCGACGAAGCAAGAAGGGGGAUGAUAUUGGAUCAUCAUCAAGGAAUGAGAAGCUUAGAAUUAUAG